GAUCUACCAGACUAUCAACUCAGGACAGGACGGGCUCUAUUCUGCACGAACACUUCCGGCUGCUGCCUUGGUCUGGGAUAUAUUAUUGCAAGUCAACGUCCCGCCUGUAGGGACUGAGCUUCAAGAGCUAUAAAUCAUGUUCAAACGCGUGGAGAAACGUCUCAAAAAGGCUGCAAAGGAGGAAGAGCUCGGCCUCGACUCGGAGAUGAAGGAGGCUCUAGGGUUGAAUAUGGUCGACACUGACUCGGAUGAGAGCGAUAGCGACAGUGAUGAAGGAGAGCUCGUAUCUGAGAAUGGCAGCGGGGACGAGCAUGGCUCGGAGAGCGCACAGGAGGAUGGGUCAAACGGCAGGAAGAGGAAGCGCUCGGACGAAGACGAGGGUGAUGAUGAUGAGGGAAGCGAUGACGAAGAAGUGAGCGAAGAAGAUGGGGAGGAAGAAGAGGAAGAAGAAAGCCAUGAGCGAGGAGCAAAUGAGGUCCCAUUUGCAAUGACCGUCGCCGAAGCGCUGUCAAACCCCACUUACAUCAAAUCCCUUGACCCCGAAAUUCAAGCCUGCAUUGUGUGUCCAGGCAAAAUCCUCAAAAACAAAAGGAUGGCAGAGGUCCACCUGGAGUCAGGUGGCCACAAACGUCGCUACAGGCGUUUUGUCAAAGCAGCGAACUCUCCUGAUGUGGAUAAAGAUGCAGAUGUACGGACAGUGGUAUCCACGACCCCGCUUCCGCCUCCGAUAUCCGCAAACUCCAAGCGUGCAGAGAAACGGAAAGCAAGACUAGCGGCUAUAGAAGAGAAACGAAGACGGCAAAAGGAAGCCAAACGUAAAGCACGGGAGGAGAAGGAGAAAAAGAAGAAAGCGGAGGCUGAUGCGUCCGGUGCUUCAGUUAUUGAACCAGCCCAGCCCGAUGCCGCAACUUCCGCUGCGCCGAAGGCUGACUUUGGAGACGAUUUCGUUCCGCUCGGCGACGGUUCGCCCUCAAAAGGCAAAGGGAAGACCAAAAAUAAAUCUGGGCCGCGGGCGGAGAGGAUGCGCAAGGACAAGGAUAAAGCGCAGGCGGAGACUGAGAAACAGAAGCAUGAAGGAAAGAAAAUAGUGUCCAAGAAGAAGAAGCAGAAGAUGAUACACGAGCGGGGUAGUAAGGGGACGACAAGGCAGUCCGGUGAGGGGAAGGAUGAGCCUCCUGCGAAGAAAGCGAAGCUGGACGGGGCUGCUAAUGGUGUUUCUCCGGCGAAGAAGGAGUGGGCCAGAAGGCAGAGGGGCAAGAAGGUCAAGGCGAAGUGAGUCCGGCCAAGGGGUCACUUCUUGAUGACUUUUCUUUCGUGGGUAGGAAAGUGGAUCUGUCUCAGGUAUCUAUGCAACUUCGAAGAGACCAUAGGAAAUAUGCAGGCUCGUUAUGGUCAUGAUCGUCUUGUAGCCAACUCUUCCCCAAUAUCGAGUAGG